AUGGCGGCACCCACAGUGACCUGUCGAUACUGCUAUUCGACUAACGCUUGCAAGCAUUGUGGAAACCUCGAGUUCUACGAGCUACAGAACCGUCCUCGGACGAGAGGGUGGUUUGAUAACAAGGAGAAGCCUGCAAGACAAAAGCUAAACUUCAGGGAUCUCCAAGAUAACGCCCGGAACUGCGAGUUCUGCGCCAUCUUGUAUGACGGUGUCGCCGCUGUCGAUUGGACCCGGAGACGCGGUUUAUUGCAAACAUUGGAGUACGAACUCGGCGAAACCUUGGUCUUGGUCAAUGGUAACGAAGUGUAUGAGAAUGACUAUGGGUUGUCCCCCCGUCUGGAGUUCUUUACGUUGGAGGGGAAGGUUACUCCCACGGCCAUAGGGCGAGGUCGUGUCGUCCCCGGCUUCUUCACUCAAGAAACCAAGGGCCAGAUUGACGCGUGGCUGAGAGAUGCGAGGGUUGAGACCACUUUACCUCGAAGACUAUUGGAUGUAUGGGCUUUCUCUCAGCCAAAGGACCACGACAGCGCGUCAUCUACACAGCAGGAUGUGAGAUUGAUCGAGACUAGGCCCGACCAAAAAGGCACGUACGUCGCCCUCAGCCAUUGCUGGGUUGGGCGUGAAGUUCUCACGACUACCAGCCAGAACUUACCAGGGCGGUUGAGCAGGAUUCCCUAUGAAGAGCUUUCUCCAAUCCUUCGAGACGCAGUUCGCGUCUGUCGGUUUUUGAAUGUCCGAUACCUCUGGAUCGACAGCUUGUGCAUCAUCCAGGGGGAUCAGGACGAUUGGGAAAUCCAAGCGGCCAAGAUGGCAGACAUCUACGAGAACUCGUUCUUUACCAUCGCUGUGCAGGUGGACUAUGAGCAAGGGUUUAUCCCACGGCCAGAGCUCCACGAGAUUCGCCCGCGGACGGCCACCGAGGCGGCGAUCUACGUGCGAGAACUGAGGGUCCCUGGAUUUCUCAACCAGACUGGAGUCUUCUUCGAAAGAGAAGGUGACAACCCACCUUACAUCCACGCCCGCGGCUGGUGCUACCAAGAGCGCUUCCUUUCAAGGAGGAUCCUCCACUUCACCGGCACCGAAGUCAUGUACGAGGCUGGGAAAGUGGUGCAAUGCCAAUGUGGGAACCACUAUGCCGCGCUCCAGGGCAAAUUUGGAAACCCAGAGAGCACCAUCCACGGCUGGAAGACCAUCGUGGCUGAGUACACGCAGCACGCCCUGACUCAACAGUGGGAUCUGCUCCCGGGCCUCGCCGGCAUCGCGAAGCGAUUUCAGUCCAGGCACAACCCGGGAGAUUACGUGGCCGGACUCUGGCGCAACCAAUUGGUCCACUGGCUUUGCUGGAAGAGCGUCGCCCAGUACACCUUCUCGAACAUGAGGGGAUACUGCGAGGACUGCCGUCCCUGGCCCCGGCGGUUAACUGCCAAGCCGGAAGCGCUCUCAGACAACGUUGUCGUUCCCUCCUUCUCGUGGGCGGCCAGGAGCGGACCCUGCUUGUUCAUCAACUGCAUAUGGAGGAUGGACUACCAACAGAUGGCCACGGUUCUUGACACGAGCAUCGUGGUGGACCAACGGAAUCCCUUCGGCCGGCUCAGGCAGUGCAGCCUCGUUCUAAAUGGGUUUUGCCAGCGCUUCUACAUCUACUCCACGAUCGAGAAAGACCGCCAGUACGUCAACGGCUGUAACCGGGUAUUUGUGUAUGUCUGUGACGAGGUCUUACAUCUCGACAUCUGUACUGCUAUUGCUGAUGGGAACGUGAAGUGGUUCGAUCUAGUCGCAGAGCAAGGGGUCCGUUUCUGGCUGGAUGCUUGCGACGACAUUCCUAUGGACGGAACGGAAGCGAUCGUAUUGCAGAUGUUUCAAAGUCGGAAAGAUCACAUCGGUAUCGUCCUCCUACAGAAAUCAUCCGAGGAAGGGAGUUUUCGCAGGAUCGGCCUCGUAUUCUUGGACCAUGAUCGGUUCGCCGGACGCUACGACACCAUCAUCUUAGAAUGA